CACAAAAACCACCUCUCAUUUCAAAUGCACGCUCCCACAUGCACACACACGGAACGAAAUGGAGACCGCCAGCAGAGGCAAGAUAAUACUUGGUCUGGAAAUCAAUCUGAUUCUAUUUUAUGUCGGUGCUGAGGGCGCCUGUACUGUCUCUGUCACACAACCAUCUCAUCUCGAAGUGGACUACACUUAUGAGGCCAUUACCAUCGAGUGUACCUUCUCCCCGGCCGGAUGCUCUACAGAGCCACCAAUUAGUCUGUGGUUCCGCUAUGGUGCUCACCAGUCAGAGAACCUGUGCUCACAUGGAUGCCACCGUGAGACUGACAAGUUCAUGGUCAGAGAGUCCCUGGCACAGAACCAAGUUUCCCUCACUGUAAACAGGGUGACUUUGAAUGACAGUGCAAUUUACAUCUGUGGAAUAGCAUUUCCAAGGUCAGUGGAACCGAAAGCCAAGCAAACCGGAGGAGGUACCCUAUUGGUGGUGAGAGAAACGAAGCUUCUCAGCAAGGAGCUACGGAACACGCUGAUAGUGGUCUUGUCGCUGCUCUGCAUCUAUGUCACUGCUGUGGGUGUGAUCUUCAUAAUCCUCUCCACAUCAAAAUCUAACACCUUAAGGAGCCAAGAAACGGAAGAAGAGUCACAAAAGAAGAUGAGUGCUCGGCGGAUUUUUCAGGACAUUGCACAAGAAUUAUACCAUAAGAGAUACGUGGAAAGAAGCCACCAGCCUGAGAAAGACAGCAACACUUACGAAAAUGGAAGAGCACUUUAAAAUCAGGAAAGACAACAGAAAUAUUUUAAUGUUCAACUAAGCCACUGAAAGUCCAACUCCAAAAACCAUGGCACUGUUAACGGACAUACACCAAUCAGGACUUUUGGGCAACUGGCUGCGAAAAAGGAUGCCUGAGUAUAGAAAACUAUGACUAAUCGGCAAUUAUCAAAAAAUAUUAAAACCCAACAAAAUAGAACUGAAAAAUACUUCCAGAAUUCACCAGGAAAAAAUCUAAGCAGCCACCAUCUUCAAAAACUUCAAUUUUUAUAAUAUAGAUCCUAUGUUUCGUGCAACAUAUGAGGCCUGUGAUGACCGUUACCCUGAAGAAGAUUCAAAGUCACAACACGUGCCUCAGCCUUGAGUGGAAGAACUAUCUUUUUGGACUGUGGAAGUAGUGGGAAAAUUGGAUUAGGCUGGGUGGAAGGACGAAAGGAAAGAAGGGAAGAGAACAGAAAGGAAGCAGGGAGGGAGGUGGGAGAGAGGGACGGAGUAAAGACUGAUUUAAGUGGCCAAAUUAAACCAGGGCGAAAAAUUCUUUCCUCUGAUAUUGCCAUGGGGCAACAGCACAGAGCACACUUUCCUGGCAAGGUAUGCAAAAUAACUCACAUCACGCUAUCAGCAAGGAGUGAGACUAUGAUAGGAGAGAGAAUACAAUAGCAAAAAUACAGAAAAUCCAAAGUAGACCUUGACUGAAGGGUAAACAGAGAAAGCCUCAGAAGAAAUAAACCACGGCUGACUCUAGAUGUCAGUGUGGUACCAAAUACCAGCACCAGGAAGGCCGUGUGAAAUGCACAGUACUAAUUUGUGGCCAGUUUAGGGGUGGGUAGGGCAAGGGUCGGAAUCGACUCCACAGCACUGGGUAGGGCAAGGGUACGCAUGGAAUUCUUUAGCAUUUCACUAAGAAAACAUGAUACGGGUUGCUCUUUGAAAGCUACGUCAGUGUAAAAAAUCUAAAGUACCCACAAGCGUACAUUCACUAUUAAACAUGAAUUACAACCUGUAACAUCUAUUUCAUUAAAGUGUUUCUUUCAAACCGCUAUUAAAUAAGGUAGCAUUUUAAAAGGCUCUCUAUUCAUUGGAAAGUUUUUUGCAUUGAUGGCUUAACUCAGUGAUCUCCAACUUUUCUGAACACACAGGCCAGUAAAAAGUGGAAACAGAGGGAGCAUGUAACCUCAUUUUAUGUGCGUAUGUGUGGGUGUGCACGUGAAUAUGUAUGUAUAUGUGUGUAAAUGUGUUUGCAUGUACAUACAUAUGUGUGUACACGUAUGUGUAUCUUAGACACAAAAACAGAAAUUAAACAAUGGCAUAAAAAGCAAUAUAAACCUAAAUGCUAAUAUUUUCUUCCUAUAUUCCAAAAUAAAUUGUCUUGUGUAGUCCCUGCAGUAUACGCCCCCACCCCACUUUGGGGAACACUGGCUUGGACGACAUAAAUGAACUUCUAAACUAGAUGGCAAAAAAAAAGGCAAACACUAACUCCAUCUCGGUGAACAGAAGUGUUUAACUAAUUAGAACAUUUGCUUCACGUUUCUGGAGUCAUUACAUUUUGGUGCUCAGCUCCAGAGCUGAAAAUACACUCUUUUUUGUGUAACUAACUAGGAGACAAAAUCCCUAAGAUAAACCAGUAUUUGAUUCAGAAUAAGCCUUUCCAGUGUUCAAAGGUUGAUUUUUAAACUGAAAUUUGGAAUGCAACUUCUCAAAGAAAGACGUCCUAUUCUCCCAGAUUAUACGUAAAGUGCCUGACGUACAUAUGUUCAUUCUUUUAUCCAUCCACCUAGCUAACCGUGUUUAUUGAGUGCAAUACUAUUACACAAUUCAACGUUUCUUUUGCACCCUAUCCGUGGGCCACACUGAACCUGCCCUACCCCAACCCCACCUUGUUCACGCCUUCACGCUUCUGCACAGGCUGUCCCACUCUGCCUGGUAAAAAACGCUUUACAGACUACAGACCCAGCUCAAAUGUCACCUCCUAUAUGAAACCUCCCCUAGCGCCCCCUAAACCCACACUCUUGGUCAUGUUUUUUAUCACACUGUUCUGCUGUUAUCUGUUCACAUCUACCUUCCGCACUAUUUUGUAAGAAUGUUAAGACAGAAGCACUUUUCUCAUUUAUCGUUGUAUUUCCACUGCUUAGCAUUCCUGGUACACAGUGGACCCUCAGAUGCUUCACACGACUGCAAAUGAACAACGUUGCUAUAGAAAAAUAUUGCUCAGCAUUUCAACUGAGAAGUGAGGCACACGUCACCCCCUACAGAUCUUGCAAUGAGGCCAGCCAUCCACCCUCGCCCCUCUCCAUAAGGUCUGUUUGUUGACUCCCUAACAGUAUUAAUUUUCCUGCUAUCUGAGCACCCAGAGAAAUUUCUACUGGAAAAGAUUAAACAGGAUAGCUUCCAGUUCAGAUUUAAGUUUCUCAUGAUAAUAAAAAGGGAAUAAUGCUGAAACUACUACAAGAGGGGAAUGGACAGACAGACAUGCUUCUGGUAUCUACACACGUUACCUUCCAGGCAAGAGCAUUUAAACCACAUACCAAAAGACAUAACGGGAUUUUCAGGGUAAGUAAUUUCUCAUUUCACUCCUACAUAAGACUUGAGAGAAUCGGAAACCCUCGGCUAAGAGACAUAUGGUUAAGUUUCUGUAGUGUGAAGUCACAGAAGCUGAUGGAGAAUGCACAGAUUUUGAGAUAAAGUUAAAUGCAGAAUGAAGACUUGAAAUUCGGAUUGUUGUUAUUAAGAGUUUCAGGCAGAUCUAAAAGACACUGAUAAAUACUUCAAUCAGAAGAACUAGGAGCAAGUGUGAUCAAUAAGCCACAAAUAAAAACAAAGUAACAGAAUAGGGAAGAAAGAAACAAAACUAACACUUAUCAAAUACCAAUACUGAGGCAGACAGGGGUUAGGCACUGUCCUAUGCAUUAGCUUAUUUAAUCCUCUCAACAACUGCCAAGACAGGUAUUAGCCCCGUUUUUACAGAUUAAAACACUAAGAUUAAUGAGAGGCCCAAGUAACCCAGGCUGUAAAUGCUGACCUUUAUUUCAAACGCAAGUCAGAGCUGAAAGCCCGGGCUUUUUCCACUACACAGUCCUGCUUAUUUCUAUUUAGACUGAUGGGAGCUUUAAAAUAAACACGUCUAAUUCAACCAGACCAAUGACCCUGGAAGAAAGUGAGGAUGUUGCCAAAGAGCUACCUUCCAGAAAGCACCGGCCUGGAUGGUUUCACAGGAGGAUUCUACCUAAGUUCAAAGAACAGGUAACUCCAGGGCUAUUUAAAUUGCUCCAGGGCAUAGAGGGGAAAAAAAAAAAUCCAAAUUAUUUUUUACAAAGCCAGCAGAACAUUGAUACCAAAACAUGGUAAAGAUCAGGUAAAGACCAAGUAUUAUUUAUCAAUAAUAUUGAUACUAGUAUUUUUAUCUAGGAUUUUUAUAACCAUUUCUAGCAGUGCGUUAAAAGACUAUGCUGUCUCAAGUCCAGAUACAUAAGUAAUUAGAAAAUUACUAUUAAUAAGUCAGAGGCGAAAAACAAUAUGAAUGACCAUCUCUAAAGAUGCUGAAAACACACCUGACAAAACUCAAUAUUGAUUACCAAUUUUUUAGCUCUUAAUAAAAUAGGAUAAAAAAAAAUGUACCUCAACCCAAAAGACAGCAUGUUUAAUUUAAAGUAGAAACGUUUUCAUUAAAGUCAGGAACACGACAAAAAUGUUCACUAUUUUUGAAUAUUCUCUGGAAGUAACUACAAAUGCACUUGAACAACAAAAAAAAAGUCAAAAAAUGGAAAACUAUUUGCAGAUGACAUAACUGCAUAUCCAGAAAACCCAGAAGAAUCGGUAAAGAAACCACUGGAAACACUAAAAUAAUUCAGUAAGGUAAAUGGCUACAAAAUCGGUACACGCACGCCCAAAAAUCUAUUGCUUUUAUACGUAUACAUAAUAAAAAAAAAAAAAUUCAUAAUAACCACUCAAAAAUAUGAUGAAAGAAAAACUCCUGUUUACGAUAGUUCUCUCUCACACACACACAUAACCAUUAGAAUAAACCUAACAAAAAUUGUUCAGGACCUUUAUGAAGAAAAUGUUACAUUAUUAAAGAAUAUAAGGAAUUUAAAAAUGGAAAGACACAUGCUAUUAUUGGCUAAUACUCCCUGAAAAACUUUAAUGUAGGGGAACUAAAAAAGCCGAUGCUAAAGUUGAUCCAUUAAAUAAAUAAGCCAGGAAUAAUCUAAAGUGAGUAAAGGGGACCAGGUCACAGCCUUGAAAACCCUAUGGGCAGUUCUCCUCUGCACACGAAGUGUUGCUAUGAGUCGGAAUCAACUCAACGGCAACUAACAAGUGCUAUAAUAUUAAAAUGUAUGAUAAAGCUACAGUAAUUCAAUUUGGUGUUGGCACACACAUAGAAACAAAUCUAACAGAACAGAAUCAAACACAUACAGGACUUUUGCCUGUGAUAAAGGUGGCACUUCAAAUAACUGGGGGAAAGGCAGAUUAUUCCAUAAAUGGUGUUAGGAAAACAGGCUAUUUGGAAAACUUCCUCUUUAACCAGCAGUUUCACCUUUAUAAACCCUGCCCCAUCCUUAUCAGUGGGACCUAGGUGCAGGGUGCUGGGGAGCCUUCUGGAAAAGGUUUCCCUCACCAAUAAAGAAAGGAUGUAUGGGAGAAAGUGAUCCUUUUCUUUUCAAAAUGUUGUCAUAUCUGCAUAUGAAGCUUGGCACUAUCAGUCACGUAAUUAUGAACAGAAAUGUCAACACACUGAAGAUAAAGAGAAGAAAACAAGCUCUAGACCUUAUUGGAACAGCUGUAUCACUGAUUAACUAACCUUGGAGCCACUUUUUUAUAUUUGAAUAAAUAAAUCCUUAAUUUUUAAAAGCUACUUCUAGUUGCUCCUUCUGUUUCUUGAAGCAGAAAGCAUCUGGAUACACACACAGACUUGCACGAGGUUGCUCGUUUCAGUAUUCUUUAUAAAGCAAACUGCUGGUAUAUAAAAGUCCAACAGUAGGGGCCUCCUCAGGUAAGAUUUCCAGACAUCCAAUGUGUCCUGGUAAAUGUUUAACAACCCACUGGGGAAAGGGGAGGCUAUGUGUAGCAUUUGUCAAUUUCCAUGAUGUAAACGGCCAAUUUUAAUAAUAGCUGUUUACGAACCAGUCUACUAAAUUCCUGUGAACUCAACAAUCAGCUCUCAUGAACUAGUACAAUCCAGCUCCAGCACAAAAUAAAUAACCAAAAACCAAAUCCGCUGUAGUCAAUUCCAACUCUUAACGACCCUGUAGGACAGAGUAGAACUGCCCCACAGGGUUUCCACGGAGUAGCUGGCGGAUUCGAACUACCAACCUUUUGGUUAGCAGCUGGAGCUCUUAACCACUGCACCACCAGAGCUCCAGCUCCAGCACACCAUUGCUCAUAUCCGUAUGACGCUGCUAUGUAUGUGCUGAUAAGGAACAAUUUCCUAGCUGUACUUAAGUGCAAAGAGACACCAAAAGUAUUUAUAAUGAGCUUCCAUUUCGUAUGAACCAUUUUUAUGUACACACAUACUUCUCUUUGCAUAGACUCUACCUUUGGAAGAAUAUUCAAGAAACCUCAACAAGAUUGGGGGACUGGGGUGAUGAGAAACUUUCAUUGUUUCAUUCCCUCUUGCAAGCUGCUUUAACUAUUUUUACCAUGAGCUGGUUUUUGCUAAAAAUUAUAAUUUUGAAAAAUUAAACACAUUAUUUAACUUUCAGUUCUAUGAUAUGGUAAAAUCUGCAAAGGCCAGAAUCUGUGUAAGGCCGGAACCUGUCAGAGAAGGAAAAUGCAAAUAUUUUCCACUAAAAUGAGCAAUAGAAAAAUGGGGGAGAGUCCACCCUGUCAAAGGCGGAACACCUGCAAGACCUGGAAAACCAAGGCAGUCCCUCCAAUUUCUGGCUGUCACGGGUUUCACUGCGUGUAAUUCUUUUUUUGACUGGAGACUUUUUCCUUUUUUUGGAGCUUGAAACAACUCUAGCCAGAUUUGACAACACUUAACCAAAAUGGGGUGAGUUAACUAAACAAACCGAAACUAGAAUUAUACAUUUUACAUUUUGUUGUUUCUUCCCCCCCCCCCCAAAUUAACCUAAGUAACAAAAUAGCUGUGGUCCAACUUCAAGACAGACACAAAAAAUUACACAAGCAAUCAAUUCACCUACAAUUGCUUUUUGUUAAAGAAUAAAUGGAGCCAAGUAUGCGAAGCACACUCAAAUAUCCUCAAAACAGCCCAGUAUUCAUGAACUCACACAGCAAGAUCACCCUGCACUUCACAGUCCUCUCACAGUUUCACAUGGAAAUCAUCAGGACCUAAUUAGCGACUUGGAGAAAGGAAACAAUAACAGUGUGUCGCAGAGCAGUCUGCAAAAUUGACGGGUCACUGAAGGUCACCAACAGCAACAAGGCUUCUUGUCUCAGAUUUGCAGUGUGACACAUGUCAGAUUCCUUCCAUUCAACAAGCAACACUCUGUCUGUCCACAAUCCAGGAGGAACUUGUUUUCAACCCAUAGUGAAAACUGCCCUCUUGUCCAAUUUGACUUCUCCAAUUUUAGGGCCAGAAACACAAGGAAAUAAAAGUCAUGCUCAGAUGGAUGUUUCUUUCUCCUGCUCUUCCACCUCCUGCUAGGCCAGGAAGUAGCAUUAAAGCUCUAUCAUGUGGUGGCCCAACAGGACACAGGAAGCAGGACCUUACAAGCUGAGGACUUGUGACUGCAAAAUGGGGAGAGAUGGGACCAAGGCUUACUUACGCUGGGAACAGCACUGAAGUAAGGUCAGGGCACCGAAUUAUCACUGAAGACACUACUUACUAAGUUUUCCGCUGUGCAGCAUAAUACCACAACGUGUGGACACUGACACAACAGUGACAAAUAAUUCAAAUAGGAAAGUAAAAGUGGGGAAGACAAGUGAGAUGAGGGAUGGGAUGUCUGCUCCGUCCUCCUCUGUUCCACCAUCCCAUGUCUACAGAAUUCCCCACUCUCCUGCCAACACAAAUCUAAAACCAUUCGGUAAAUGUUAAGACAUUCAACCUAGACGGACUACGACAUGAAGAAAAAAAAAAAAUAAACAAGAA